AUGCCUCCGCGCCGCCGCCCUGCCUCAGGCUACCACGACGUUCGGGCGCGGCCGAGCGGCCGGUUCGACGCGGAAAUCCGCUCCGGUGACGAGCGGAUCCGCCUCGGCACGUUCGAUACGGCGCACGAGGCGGCGCGGGCGUACGACGCCGUCGCCUGGCGAGCGGAGAUGCUCGCGCCGCCGGUCAUCACGCGUGAGCAGCAGCGCCGACAACGGAAGCUGGAGCAGCACCUCCUCAUCGCCGAGCGCGACGAGGCCCUCCGCCUCGAGUGGGCUCACCGAUUCCCCAAAGACGUCGCCGCCACGGAUGCUUUCUACGCGCAGAAGGAGGAGGAGAAGGCGGUGGUGAAAGCGAAGAAGAAAACGAGCCACGAGAAGCGCCGCGCCGAGUCCGCGGCGAGGGCCGAGAAGGCGGCGAGGAAGGAGGAGGAAAAGAAGAACGGCGUAGGGCCGUCCACCAUCGUCCUCUCCUCCUCCUCCUCCUUCGAGUGGACUACGACGCCGGUGUGGGAGACGACUCCGAGCACCCACUCCUCGGACUACGACUGGGAGUCGGAGUAG